AUGGACAGAUCUUGGAUUACGAAGACUCGAGGUACGAGGGAAUACAAUAAUGGGUGUAAUGCAUUUGUGGCAUUUGCAGUUCGUAACUGCAAAACACCUGAUGGUAAAAUCCGUUGCCCUUGUAAGGUCUGUCAGAAUAACCGUCGCCACUCGCCCGAUAUCGUCCUUGAGCACCUGACGGCGGGUAGAGGAAUCAUGGUCAGUUACAGAAAUUGGUUCUUGCACGGUGAGAUGACCGUGUAUAAUCCUGAUGCAGCCUCUUCUUCGAACCUUCAUCCAACAGAUGUUGCCAGUGCCAACAGUGUAGAACAAGGUGGCGACAUGCAAACAAUGUUGCGUGAUGCAUUUGGCAUGCAUGAGGUUAAGGAGCCCGAUCGUGAGCCACAGUGUGUUGAUCAGGUGGGUGUGGAAAAUGUUACAGAAGAACCAGCUGAAAGUGGCGCUCAGAAGUACUAUGACCUGCUAAAAAAGGCGGAGAAGCCACUUCAUGGGGGUACUAAACAUAGCAAACUGAGUGCUACAGUACACUUGUACAACUUGAAGUGCAUGGGCGGACUGAGCAACAAUAUUUUCUCGGAAUUCCUUCAGGUCAUCAAUCAGUUGCUGCCUGCAUGUGAUGACGCUUUGCCAGCUAAUACGUACGAGGCAAAAAAAUAUCUCAGUGACAUGGAGCUCGGGUAUGAGAAGAUCCCUGCGUGCCGUAACGAUUGUAUGUUAUUUUGGAAGGCUAACCAGGAACUAGAGUCAUGCACCGUUUGUGGAGAAUCUAGGUGGAAGGAUGAAAUUUAUUUGGACGAGGAUGGUCAACCCACAUCGUCGAGAAAGAAACGUCCGAUGAAAGUGUUGCGGUGGUUUCCACUCAUUCUACGCCUACAGAGGCUUUUUAUGUCGGAACAUACUGCACCCCAUAUGAGAUGGCAUGAGGAAGACCGUACAAAGGACGGUGUGUUGAGGCAUCCGGCCGAUGGCGAGGCAUGGAAGUCGUUCGACAUCCUACAUCCAGAAUUUUCAGCCGACAGUAGGAAUGUUAGGCUUGGUCUGACCUCGGACGGCUUUAAUCCGUUCGGGAACAUGAGCACCUCUCACAGUACUUGGCCAGUCAUGCUUCUUCCAUACAAUUUGCCUCCUUGGAUGUGCAUGAAACAAACGUCAUUCAUACUAUCGCUGAUUAUUCCAGGACCAAGUUCACCUGGCAUGGAUAUAGAUGUGUACCUCCAGCCAUUGAUUGAAGAGCUACAGAAAUUAUGGAACGUAGGGGUGCGCACAUAUGAUGCCUUAAAUAAACAGAAUCUUCAGAUGCGGGUGCAGUUGAUGUGGACGAUUAAUGAUUUCCCAGCAUAUGCAGAUCUGUCCGGGUGGCCCAACAGGGGUGAGAAGGCAUGCCCUGUCUGUAUGCAUUCAACAUGGUCUAGACGGUUAAAACAAGGGAAAAAAUUUUGUUAUAUGGGACACAGAAGAUACUUGCCAAUGGAUCAUCUUUGGAGACGGAACAAGAGGGCAUUUGACGGCAACCAAGAACAAGAAAGUGCACCCCACGUGCAAAGUGGUGAUGACAUCCUGAGACAAUUGGAGGGGAUGAUAUUUGGGGAUGAAAGCGCGGGCAAGAAAAGAGAGAAGAAGCGGAAGAAGAGACGAGCGGCAGAAGAUGCAACUGAGAAUGUCAUUUGGAAAAAGAAAAAGAAAUAUGUGACGGACAACAUACUUGGUACAAUUCUCGACAUCAAAGGAAAAACAAAAGAUGAUUACGCAGCCCGCAAAGACUUGCAAGAAAUGAAUUUCAGGCCUCAAUUGCAUCCGUUCACAGGUGAGGAUGGUCAAACCUAUUUGCCUGCAGCUUGUUACACAAUGGACCUCUGCUCAACAAACUUAACCCAAGAGGACAUGGAUCGGUUAGAGGGUAGCGUCUGUGCCACUUUGUGCAAGAUGGAACAAGUAUUCCCCCCUGGUUUUUUUACUAGCAUGGUUCAUUUGGUUGUGCACCUUGUUCGUGAGUGCCGACUCGGCGGCCCCGUACAAUAUAGGUGGAUGUAUCCGGUAGAAAGGAGCCUCGGGAGGUUCAAGUCUACUGUGCGCAAUAAGGCAGCUCCGGAGGGUUGCAUUGCAGAGGGUUACAUAGCAACUGAGGUGCACAUGGAUACGCUAAGGCGAUCAUGCGGUAGGGGGCGAACUACGGACGAUCAAUUGGAAGCCCAACAUCAUCAGCAGUUUUGUGAUUGGUACCGUGACUACGUCGAUCAAUUGGACUCUAAACGUAGGGAGGAGAUGGGCGAGAAGCUGGUUAUGCAUUGUAGGGGCCCGAAGGAGAUAGCAAGUAGGUUCAACAGAUACGUGGUUAACGGCAAAAUGUUUCGCACUGUUGCACAUGAUGUGGGGAAGAGAACACAGAACAGUGGCGUGUGCGUGCCUACCGUUGAUGGCUUGACGUACUACGGGAAGUUAACAGAUAUAAUUGAGGUCGAGUAUUACGAUAGGACUAAGUACGUCAUGUUCAAGUGUGAUUGGGCGGACACCACGAGAGACAGGAGAUAUAAGGUGGAUGAGUACGGCAUGGAACUUGUCAGCUUCAAUCGCCUUGUUCACAGGGGAGACCUGGUGACUGAUGACCCAUAUGUACUAACUUCACAAGUUGACCAAGUAUUUUAUGUUGGAGAUGAGAGAAACCCAGGUUGGGCUUGUGUUGUGCGGACUAAACCCAGGAACGUCUACGACGUUGGUUAG